AUGGCCUUGGCGUUUUUCGUAGCCGUUGUUACGAGUACUCCGAUUGAUGAUCAAUCCAAUUAUCAAAAGAGGAUUUAUCUUUACGAAGAUUUACCUAUUGAAACAUACGAGAGAAGAAUAUUUUAUAUAAGACCACAGAGAUUCGUUAGCAAAAAUAGACGAAAUUAUUUGGAUGAGGAGGAUGACAAAUCGUCGAAAUACAAGAACGAUGAUGAAUCUACCGAACAAAAUAAUUAUGCUUACGAGGAUCCCCUUGCCGUUCCGUCCGAACAAUACGAGGAUCAUUACGAGGAACCCGAAGAGAAUGGAUACUCGUUUGAGUCACACGUCCCCGAAGAUAACUCACAUGAGAAUCACUUUCUGGAACAUGACUUACACGAAAACGUUCACAAGACGAUCACAAUUAUUAAAAAAGUCGCUGUACCGUAUCCCGUGGAAAAGAUUAUACGAUAUCCCGUGGUAAAAAAUAUACCAUAUCCAGUCAAAAUACCAGUAUCACAACCAUACGCUGUUGAGAAAAAGGUUCCUUAUCCUGUAAAGGUUUACGUAAAGGUACCUGUGAAAAUUCCUAAACCAGUGCCCGUGAUAAAGGAAGUACCGUAUCCGGUGAAAGUACCGGUUGAUCGACCGGUUCCUGUUAAAGUUUAUAUACCAGAGCCCUAUCCCGUAGAAAGGAAGGUUCACUAUGAGGUUAAAGUACCAGUUCCGGAUCCCUUUCCAAUUGAACGGAAAAUACCGGUGCCGGUAAAGGUACCUAUACAUGUUCCGCAACCCUAUCCAGUUGAAAAAAUCGUACGUUAUCCUGUGAAAAUCGAAGUUGAAAAGCCAAUACCGGUACCAGUAUCAAAACCGUAUCCUGUUCAUGUUAGUAAGCCAGUUCCUUAUCCGGUAGAGAAACCAGUACCCGUUCCGGUAAGGGUCGAAGUGCAUAGACCGAUUCCAGUACCGGUUGAUAAACCAGUGCCGGUAAAGGUCAAGGUACCGGUGCCUGCACCCUAUCCGGUUGAGAAAGAAGUACCUUAUCCGGUAGAAAAACCAAUAGCUGUACCAGUCAAGGUACCAAUCGAUCGACCGAUCCCUGUUCAUGUGACUAAACAUUUGCCUUAUCCUAUUCAGAAACUUGUACCUUAUCCCGUUAAAGUUGCAGUACCUGUACCAGUUCACGACGAGGACAACGAACAACAAAUUAUCAACUCUGAA